AGGGAGGUGAUUGGUGCCGAGGCCUGUUAUGGAGGUUGUGAGGGAGUGAGGAGAGUUGAGUGGAGCUUGGGAGGAGGAGAUGGUGGGGGCUGUAACGUCAAGAUUUUAGUGAGAGGGGCUAUGGAGGUUUGGGCGAGAGAGAGGGAAAUGGGUGAGAACUUGCUUGAUGAGAGGGAUAGAGCGGAUGUGAUGAUGCAAGAGGAUUUUAGAAGACUUAAGGUAGAAAGUUCCCACACCAUUGUG